AUGGACAAGGACAUCUUGAAAAGCAGAGUAUCUAUAACUAUAAAAAAUUCUGCUUUAUUCAGACUUAUUGAAAACAUAAUAGAUCAGAACACUGUUGAGCGUCUCAUAAGCACGAUCACGGACCACUUGAUGACUGGGAAGUACAAUAGAGAAAAAUCACUUGAUUAUAUUUCUGAGCUUAUUGAAGAUGAGCUGGAGCGCUCAGAUAUAGAGCUUGAUGAUGAUGUUGAUGGAAUCUCAAUGGCUAUUUUAUUUGUGUAUGAAGAGCUUGUUGAUGGCAAGAAUGAGUUUUUCCUUAAGAUCCAAGAAAAGCAUACACAAGUUACUCCUCUAUGCGAUUCAGAUUCAGAAGCUGAAUAA